CCCAGCACUGCACGGAGCAGCAGCAGCAGCACAGCCUGGAGCACUCCUCGCUCGCAGCAGAGAUGCUUUGCCGCCUGCACUUUAUGCCGCCCAUGUCCAGCUCGCUGUUCCCGUGGCUGGGACCCGUCCGCACCCUGUGGCCACAUCCAGGCACCCUUUUCGCCGAGCUGGAGCGGGAGAUGCGGCUGGAGAUGGAGCGGGCUCGGGAGUUCAUGAGCAGCGUGGAGCAGUACCUGAGCAGCGGCAGCAGCCCCGGCCGGCUCGGCAUCGCCCCCAGCACCAGCGCAGCGCUGCCCCACAGCUCCGGGGAUGGUUUCUCGGUGUGCCAGGACGUGAAGGACUUUGCCCCCGAGCAGCUGUCGGUGAAGGUGGUGGGCAGGAAGGUGGUGCUGGUGGGCCAGAAGGAGACGCAGAGCACGGACGAGAAGGGCUCCUUCUCCUACAAGUACGAGGUGCUGAAGCGGGAGUGGGACGUGCCCGAGGAGGUGGACGCCGAGGCGCUGACCUGCUCCCUGUCCAAGGAUGGGCAGCUCCGCAUCGAGGCCCCCAAGCUGGCACUGCCAGCCGCUCCUGAGAGGAAUGUGCCCAUCCAGAUGGGGCCGGCGGUGGCACAGCAAGCUGGCAGCGCUGAGGAGGGAGCCGAGAGGGCCAAGGCGUGAAGAGGAGAGACGGGGACCAGGCUGAGCCUGGCGACAACGGGGGCAGCUGCCGGCCGCAGAGCGGGACCGUGCCAUGGCCCGGGGCAUGGGGUCUGCCCGGAACAUGCGGCUUUUUUUGAUAUGUAAUAAAUAUUCCUA